UACUUAAUGUAACUGGAAUGUUUUUGUUUCACAGUGGUACACAAAGGUUUUUCUUCACCAAAAAAUGUUGUUGAUAUUCUUAUGGAGAUAUGCAACCUCAGUAGUGAAGACCUUCAUCGAGAAUUGUCAAAGGAGCGGAAGAGAGAUUUUAUGAACUAUAUUCUUGGCCUUAACGUUGAUUAUAUGCUUCCAAAUGUGCCAACAAGCAAGAGAACAUGCAAAGUGAACAGAGUUGUUGAAAAUGCAGUUAAACAGAUGUUUGAGUUGGAUAGUGGCAGAUCAAUAUCAGUUGCAGAAUACAUUGCCCAAGAGAAGAAGAUACGGCUUUCAUAUCCUCAUCUCCUAUGUCUUCAUGUUGGCUCACUGAAUAGGUGCAGUCCAAUUUAUGCUCCAGCGGAAGUAAGUAAAGCAUAGUUAUUUUCGUAUCAUAGUGUUAAUAUGCACUGUUGCUAGUCACCAUUAGCAUCCAAAAGUAUUUGGCUGGUAAGUAACUUUUUGCCAUUUUUAUUUAAUUUUAGCCUUCUUUCCUUGCUUUAUAUGAACCAGCUUGAUCAGUCAUUAUAGUGAUUAUGCUGUGGGGUGGAUGAUUGAGGUUGAGUUUGGCUGGCUGAUUAAUUAUUUUUCAUGAUAUUCCUCAGUCUUUUAAGGUGAAUGCCAGAGAAGUGUUAUGAAGCAGGGAAGACUGCUUUUUUGUUAAUCAUUAUGUAAUCAUUCUUUAUGGUUACUUUGUCCUUUCAUUUUAUUUAGUCUCCACCUAACUUCCUCAUGAGGAAGUUAGGAGGAGACUAAAUUCCAGAAAUGCUUGCUACUUCUCAGUUC